UUGAAUAUGGCAUCUUUACAAGCAUUAUGCCUCAGCAUCCCUGUGUUUCGUGAAAAAAUUUCUUUUUCGUGUUUCGUGAAAAAAAAUUUUCGUUCCUAUUUUUCUAAAUUGUGCUAAAAGUGUAAAGUGAAGUGUAUUUUCGUUGAAAUUAUAUGAAAUUUCUCUAUAAAGAGAAUUUAUAAGUGCUAACCUUAAACUUGUUUAUCGGCAAAGUGAAGGAAUUGCACAUACUAAUGGAAUUACACUGAAUUGUAUUCGGGGAAGUUGUGACGACUUUGUUCAUGAUUAUUCUCCUCACACACACACUCCCUUCCCAGUUAAUGGUAAUUGCAUUUUAGCCAGAACUCCUUAGCCUGUGCCCCUAGUUUUGAAAUGAAAGUUUAAGAAUAUCUGGCUUUUGCUCUGGUUGACUUUGUUCCCAGUAGCGUUGUGUUUAAUAAUAUACAUACACGCUUACGUUUUCACGUUAGCAGGUAGAACGCCCAUUUGCUUAAUACGUGUUCUCUAACAAUCGAGGAAUUAAAUUUUGCUGUCAAAAUGAGUAGUAGCGGUGCUUCGACUGUGCCAGGACCAGCAGAUAAGGAGAAAGACUCACAUUGGUACUUUAGUGCUGAACAGCUUUCGAACUCACCAAGCCGACGACAAGGAAUAGAUCCUGAUACAGAACUUUCGUAUCGCCAAAUGACUGCAUAUCUUAUUCAAGAAAUGGGACAGCGCCUGCAGGUUUCGCAACUUUGCAUCAAUACUGCCAUUGUGUAUAUGCAUCGUUUCUAUGCGUUCCAUUCCUUCACCCAUUUCCAUCGCAACAAUAUUGCGGCAGCGAGUUUAUUCUUAGCUGCAAAGGUCGAAGAGCAGCCUCGAAAGCUUGAACAUGUUAUAAAGGCUACAAACAAGUGUCUUAGUCAGCCAACAUCCUCCACCACGGAUGCGUAUUAUAUAGAACAAGCGCAAGAGUUGGUAUUCAAUGAAAAUGUUCUGCUGCAAACACUUGGAUUUGAUGUUGCUAUCGAUCAUCCUCAUACUCAUGUGGUAAAAACUUGUCAUUUGGUUAAAGCAUGCAAGGAGUUAGCACAGACUUCCUAUUUUCUGGCUUCAAAUAGCCUUCAUCUGACAUCUAUGUGCCUACAAUACAAACCCACGGUAGUUGCUUGUUUCUGUAUCUACUUGGCUUGUAAGUGGUCACGAUGGGAGAUUCCACAGUCAACUGAAGGCAAGCAUUGGUUCCAUUAUGUGGAUAAAACGGUUACUAUGGAUCUUCUAAAGCAAUUAACUGAAGAGUUUAUAGCUAUUUACGAAAAGAGUCCAUCGCGUCUCAAAUCCAAAUUGAAUUCAAUAAAAGCACUGGCUCAAAAUGCAAGCAAUCGUGCAACCAAUAGGGAGAAGAAAGGUGCAUCCGAAGAGUGGAAAAUGGGCGAUAUGAUGAAAAUGUAUGCGCAUGAUACACCUGGUAGCGGUGGCAGCAAUAGCAGUAACAGUAAUCAGCCUUAUGCUACAAACACUAUAGGCGCAGAACAAUCACAGCAGUCCUCCGCGUUAUUACCGCCUCCGCCCCCACAGGCGCAAUUGUCACGAAAAGGCGAUUUGCAUUCCAGCCAACAUCGCUCCCAUCACAAUUCAACGUCUCAUCAUUCGAAGAUAAACUUUCCUCCAACUGAUGUUCUUGACCAUAAAAACAGUCACAAACAGCCGCCGUUCGGUGGAGUUGUUAGCCGCCCACGAGAUCAUUCUCAAUCAUCUCAAGGUCAUCAACAACCAAUGGUUCCAGGCAAUUCGUCACGUUCAGGUCUUUCAUCAUCCAGCGGACGAUCUAUGAGCAAUAUACCUGGUCAAAGUCUGCCUCGUCAGACCAUACCAAGUCACCAAUUAGAUGUGAACUAUCAUAAAUCUCGUGAAAAGGGUAACGUUGUGAGUUCGUACCCACAUAACGCGUCAUCGCAAUCGCAUGCCGGGCAUAAGGUGUCACAAAAACAGGAUCCGAAUCGAGUGUUACAGAAAGACCAAGCAGCUAUUAAAAUGUCCGAGCCUCUAAAAGUCGCCAGUAAUAGCAAUAGCAACAGUAACAAACUAUUUCCACCCACUUCCUCAAUGGCGAAUAUGCCACAAUAUGGUAGCAACCCUUCACAGCUGCAAAGUAAGUUGGAUAUGGGUCAAGAUAUGUCACGAAAUAUGAUGCAUGGUCAGCGUUCUUAUGGAGUUAAUAAUGGGUCUGGAAGUGUGCCGAUAUUAGGCAGUUACCAGUCACAGCAUGCACGGCAGAGUAAUAAUAACGCUAGUAACAACGGCAAACACGAUUUAUCAAAGCCAACAUCCGUCCACCUUCAACAGCAUGGCAAACUGCCAACUAUUCCACCUGAAUCAGUCUAUAGCACUGGUACGCAUGAAGUUCAGCAAACAGCUGCACAUCUACAAUCGCAUCCGACUGGCGGUUAUAUGAUGCCCCGCCCGCCAGAGGGUUCCCACAAUGAAGAGGUGAAUUCUUCACAGUUACCCACAGUGCAUGCGAUGUUACAACAACAGCCAACGAACGCUAACCCAACAAAGACCUCCAUGUUUAGCCCCGACUGGAGUCAACAACAACAACAGCAACAACAAACGCAGUUAUUGUCUUCAAAUACUUAUGUUAAUAAUAAUACGUCAACUGCCGCUGCUGGCGAUGCAUACAAUUAUAAAUUGCCAUCUAACAAGGAGGGAGAGCGAGAGAAAAACGAUCGCGACCGUAUGGACGCCAAUGCCCAAGCACCUAAGAAGGACCGUAACCGCGGUGCUCAUCCUGGAAUGGAUAUUACGAGUGCAAUGCUUAUGAGUGUUCGACCCAAUACUUCGCAAACACAGUUUCAUCAACAGUUACAACAACAACAACCUUUAAAAAUAAGCAUGCCAAAGAAAUCAGACCCGAGCAUUAUCGGUGAACUUACUGGUAUAAAUACCGCCAUCAAACGUCCAAAUGAAGGUGCCUACAAACAGGAAGAGGAACAAAAUAAAAUUCGUAAACUUGAUACUCAAUCUACAUUGUCUUCGUAUAAUGAACCAAAAGUAGCUGAUAGUAAUAAAAUGCAUGUGGUAAAUGGAAUAGAAACUAAUCCCGAUCUGGUAAGGAGUUUGUUGCAAGAAAGUCUUUGUUCUUCAAAUGCUCUUCUGAAAACGGAACAUUUGGGAGCCCUUAGUUUACAACCACCAGCUGAACUUUUCGAACCAACUGUAACAUCGGUGCCGGAUAUGACCGUUCCAUCUGCUGAAACAUCUCUUAAAUCGACAAGCCAAAGUAGUGGAACUGAACCAUCGUCUAUGGAAAUAAAUGAUUCUGCUAGCAAUAAAGCAGAGAAGAAAAAGAAAAAAGACAAGCACAAACAUAAGGAGAAGGAUAAGGAUAAAUCCAAAGAUCGCGAAGAGCGCAAAAAACAUAAAAAGGAUAAAGACAAGCACAAAGAACGCGAUCGUGGCGAAGUGGAUAGCUCGGGGCAUGUAAAGAUUAAAAUAUCUAAAGAUAAAAUUGAAGGAACUGCCGAAUGUUUAAAAAUCAAAAUACCAAAAGAACGCAUAAUAAGUGAUGUUAACAAUAGCACGAGUAGCGCUAAUAAUAGCUCUGCAGAAAGCGGUAGCAAUAUGCACCCGGCACCAGCGUUAAAGAUUAAAAUCAGCAAAGAUAAAUUGGAAAACUAUGCGACAGACUCCUCCACACAUGCAUCUCUACAACAAGCGCAGGCGCUGACACAAACGGCAGCUGGUUUUUACUCGUCUUUCGUAACACCCAACAAUGCAUCCAGCUCCACGUCACACAGUAGUAGUGGCAGCAGUAGUAGUGGCAAAAAGAAAGAUCGAGACCGUGACAAGGAUCGCGAGCGAGAGAAGGACAAAAAACGGGCAAGCAAUGACGGCGUUAAAUCGAAUGGAAGUGGAUCAUUUCAUUCGGCAAUGAUGCUACAAGGCGGUGCAGGCGCACCACUGCUUUCACAUCCGCCACCAACAACUGUCGUGACGUCGAAAAGCCAAAACGCCAACAAGAUGCAACUAUUAUCGAAUAAUAUGAAUCAGCUCUUCGGAGAGUCGAAUGAUGAUGAUGAUGACGACUAUGAUGAUAAUCAAAGAAAUUAUAAGGAUUAUCACAAAAACAGAGUUAGCAAUACGGACAACUUCGCAACCACAGCCAACAACUCUGCGGGUUCAGUACGUAAAAGCACCGAUUACGGGCAAAAAUAUACGCAAUCACAUCAUAUGCAACGAUGAUAAAUGCAAUCAUCACGUGAAAUUGUUUUAAAAGAGGCGUUACAUUUGGCAGGACUGGCAUAUACACGCUGCAUAUAAGUUGGCUUGCAAAAUAUUUCACACACUUUACGUACAUUAAGCUGCUACAUACGUAUAAGAAAACUGGCAAAUAAAUGCUACAAACAAAACAAAUAAAAAAAUUAAACUAAUCUUUAUAAAAACGUAGAGAAUAUUUAAUUUAAUGUUCGGCCAAGGCACUAACUUCGCCAAGAAAUAAAAAGAAAACGAAACAAAAACAAAGUGAAAACAACAAUAUUCACACAUAAUUUCAUUAUAAUAUACAUAUAUUGCGUUGCGUUAUAGCGCCGUUAGACGCAUACAAAUUCGCAAAUUCAAUUGACUCAUUUACUAUUUAAAAUAUUGAAUAUGCGCGAGCAAAGGUAGAUCGACUUCAUUUAGUCAGAGCAGUUCCUCUGCCGUAUAAUUCUCUUUAGAAACAUGAACAAAACUCAUAUUAGAUGAAAAAACAUUUCGUUUGGCGUCCGGAAGUGAAAGUGUUUUAAAAAGUGAUUACAGCUGCUAUGUGUCGCGAAUAAUGAUGUGUAAACCGUUAAAUAUUUCGCAUGUAAAUAAGCCGGAAGAACGUACUUAGUAUGUGGGCGAUUUUGCAGAGAGUACGCAGAGAGUAGACAAAUAAUUAAGCGUAUAUAAGCGACAUCAAUUGAAAAGCGUUUGUUUUUGAUAUACAUAAUUUUUGAGUGCCGAAUUUUAUAUGAUUGUAGCAAUUGUUGCUUUAUAACUCUUAGAAUUUUUAAUAAUUUCGUACUAGAUACAUUAAAUAUAUGAAUUUUGUUAAGAAGCUGUUUAAAACUAAUUUGGAAUGAAAUGUUUUCUUUGAUUAGAAAAUUCAAUACCUGAACAAGUUAAUGCGUCAAUAAACACGCUGAGUUUGUGUUAAAUUUAAAAUUUUUACACAAGAAAAUAAUUUAUUACGCCAAUAUGUUUGAGUUUAGUGAAUAUGCCCAUUUUGCAAUGCAAGUGUUUAUUUAAUAUGGAGCAGCACUCUGCAAUAGUGUUGGAAAUAUACAGUUUCAUAUUUAUAUUAUUUUAAGCAGACAUUCGACUGUGUGACGAACAUGUCGAUAUUGGAAUUGGCAUAAUUAGUGAAAUGACACUUAAUCUUUGAAUGCUGCCGAGGUAAUAUAUUAUGCACUAAAGAAUUUAGUGUUUGUUGACAAAAAUGAAAGUUUGUUCUUUUUCAAAAAUAAUAAUAAAUACUUUUUUUAUUGUGUUAGAAUUUUUUGACGAUGAUAUAUAAUAUAGCAUUUAAAUAAAUUUAAGUUAGCUACUAGUUAGAAUAAAACAAUUUGAGAUUUAGUUGUUGCUACAACAGUGAUGAAUGCAAUAUUUUUUAAUUCAGUCUUCUGUUGCUUGUAGUUUUGAAUUAGCAAUUGGCGAUCACAAUUUGAACAGCAUAGAUUCAUUUAAUACACAUAUGGUAAUUGACCUAUCCGGCGACAAAUAUAUUUUGAACCAUUUCCAAUAGUACUGCAUUAAACUCUGCCUUGGAAUACAAGAGAAAGUUGAAUUAUACUUAAUGGAGAUCAAUCACACGUGAUUAAACGUCCACAUCAAUAUUCACACAAAUACGUUUUAGCAAUACACAAAUGGGCCGACACAAAACUUGUGUGUGUAUAUUCAAAUUCGUCUACCACAUACACGUAUA